AUUUCUCUAUGCCACAGACGCCAAAUGUCGCCAUCGAUCAAUGACAUUUUGUAAAGUUGAAUUUAUUGAUAUAAAGCGUUAAUGUAAAUAAUAAAAAAUUUAAUCAUAAACGUCGACUUCCAGUCGAUAUGUAUGCCAAGGGCAAAGGCUCUACGGUGCCUUCGGACGCUCAAGCUCGCGAAAAGUUGGCCCUCUAUGUGUACGAGUACCUGCUUCAUGUUGGGGCUCAGAAGGCGGCGCAGACGUUUCUCUCAGAAAUACGAUGGGAGAAGAACAUAACGCUCGGGGAGCCGCCGGGGUUCCUGCAUUCGUGGUGGUGCGUGUUCUGGGACCUGUACUGCGCGGCGCCGGAGCGCCGGGACACUUGCGAACACUCAUCUGAGGCUAAGGCCUUCCAUGACUACGGCUUCGUUAAUUCUGGAUAUGGAGUGAACGGGAUUGGACACAAUGCCGGUCCGGCACCUCCUAAUGACGGCAUGGGCGGCGGAGGCAUGCCACCCGGCUUCUUCCCAAACUCCUCACUCCGGCCAUCACCGCCCGCACCUCACCCCGGCUCACAGCCGUCUCCGCACGGCCCGCAGCCCCAGCUCAUGGGCUCGCAGCCCUUCAUCGGACCUUGGUACGCCAGCGGACCUCGCCAGCCUGUAAGGAUGGGGAUGGGCAACGAUUUUAACGGACCGCCAGGUGGCGGCAUGAUGGGCAACUCGAUGGAGCGCGGCGGCGGCGGCGCGGCGGCGCUGCUGGGGCCGCGCAUGACGCCGCCGCGCCCGGGCUGCGGGCCCAUGUCGCCCGGCGCCUACUCCGGCAUGCGCGGCCCCCCGCCGCAGGGACCAGGUAUGCCACCAAUGGGUAUGGGUCCCCGCGGCGCCUGGGCCGGGGGCAGCGGCGGCGGCGCGGCGCCGCUCAACUACAGCGGCGGCUCGCCCGGCUACGGAGCCCCGCCGGGCUCCAACGGCCCGCCCGGCCCGCCCACACCCAUCAUGCCCAGCCCGCAGGACUCCUCCAACUCAGGGGGCGACAACAUGUAUACACUGAUGAAACCGGUCGGCGCAGCGCUCGGGGCGGAGUUCCCGCUGGCGGGUGACCACCCCGCGCCCCCGCACUUACCACAACCUCCGGCUACUGAAGGCCUCGGCGGCGUGGACGGCAUGAAAUCGUCCCCGGGCGGCGUGGGCGGCGGCCCCGGGACUCCGCGCGAGGACUCCGGCUCAGGGAUGGGGGAUUACAACUUAAGUUUCGGAGGGCCGGGCGGUGACCAGAACGACCAGACAGAGUCCGCGGCCAUCUUGAAAAUCAAAGAGAGCAUGCAGGAGGAAGCGAAGCGGUUCGAGAAGGAUCCAGAUCACCCGGACUAUUUCAUGCAGUGAAUUUGUUAACGGGCCGCCAACUUGCCAAGAUUCGGUAUCAAUUUCGGUUUCGGCUAAAGGGUUGUGGGACGGCACUAUUCAAGGGACCGUUACCGGUAUAACUAAAAAUCUAAAUAUCAGACAGCAUUCACUAUAUUUUUUGCUAUUCUGGAGUAUUUAGGUAAGGGUUUGAUCAGAUUAGCUAAAUUAAAUGCAAAAAUACAUAAACAACCGAGAUACCGAAAUGAAAUACCGGUUAGUUUGUAUGAAAAAUAUACCGGUAUUCGGUCCCUGAUUCAAGGUCAUAUAUGUAAUUUUUUCGGUAUCAGUUUCGGCUAAAGCAGUGUGGGACAACACUAUUCUAGGUCAUACAUUGUUUACGCUAAAAAUUUUGCUCCUAAUAGUAAUAGACAACAGGGAUGAAUUCGAUUUCCUCGUUAAAGCAAAGAAAAA